AUGUUCAAGACCAGCUACCGGCACGAGGUGCGCAAGGAGAAGUACGAGCGCUCCGACGUCUUCGAGGAGCCCAGGAGCCCCGAUGACUACGGCCCGGGGUCCGCUGUCCAGGGCUGGGAGAGCCUGCAGGAGCUCAACGAGCGCUUCGCCAAGUACAUCAACCGGGCGCGCGUACUCGAGCAGCGCAAUGCCGUCUUCAGGAAGCAGCUGGAGACUCUGCAGAGGAUGGAGGAGGUCUCCGGGCUGGAGGAGGCCUUCACCGAGCAGAUCGGCCUCAACAGGCAGAGGAUCCGCGAGCUGCUCUCUGACCGCGCCAAGCUGGAGCGUGAGCUGAAGGAUGCAGAGCGCAUGCUGGAGGAGUUCACCUGCAAGUAUCGCAAUGAGUGCGACUACCAGCAGCAGUUGAGGGGCACGCUGGAGCAACUCAAUAAGGAGGCUGACUCCACCCUGUUGAGAAACCUCGAGUUUCAGAUCCAGUCCCAGUUUCUGCAAGAUGACAUCAACUCCACCAAAGACAGAAACAGAAAGAACCUUGCAGAAAUUCAGACCUACGUCAACAUACUCCAUCAGAUCAACCAGAACAUCCCUCUCUUGUCUAGCGUCUCUGUGAACGUAUCAGAGGAACAAGAGAAACUCAUAGCCCAGAGGCGGGUUCCCACCCUACAGAGUCAACUGGAGGAGUACAAGAGUGCCCUCUGUCAGCUGCAAUCACAAAAGCACAGGCUGCAGACGGAGACCUCUGUGCUGGAGCUGACCAUCAAGAGCACUCAGGACAGCUAUGAUGAUGAGAUCCAGCUGUACAAUGAGCAGAUUGAGGCUCUGCGCAAGGAGAUUGAGGAGGCCGAACGCUCACUGGAGAAGUACACCAAUGAGUGCCGCCAGCUGGCGAUGUACCAGACCUCUCUGGAAAAUGAGCUGGAGAGACACAAGAGGAUCAUUGAGAACGAGGACAACAGAUUGAAUUCAGCGAUAAUUGGUACUCCCAUCACCUUAUUCACAACUAAUUACAGCUACACCCACACCCCAUCGAUGACCAGCAGGGGAAAAGAUAUCACUCAGGCCAUACAAGACAUCACCAGUGUUAAACCUCGCCAGAAGAACCUGGCUAAGAAAGCCCUAAAGAAGAAAGACAUCAACCCCAAGGACAUGGUGGACAGUGGGCAGGAGGAGAGAGCUGGUGGGGAUCCUGCAGAAGGGGACGUGAGGGGCGCUGAUGAGGAUGAGGGGGAAGUGAAGAAGGAGGAGCACUCUGUCCUUUACCAGGCCACCCCUCAAGAUGUGCCAGACGGAAGCCAGAUCAGCAAGGCUUUUGACACGCUGUGUAACAUCGUGAGGGAUCGCAUGAGGAGGUACAAGAAGCCUGAGCCUAUCGCUGACUUCUACACCAAAGGGCGUUAUGUGCUGGUUAGUGGUGAGGGCAGCUAUAUGGAUCCCUGCUUCUACUCCUCCACGCCCUCAGCUGGACAUAUUUUUGUCACCAUCCAGAAUGGCAUGACGCCCCCUUACAUGUACGAAGAUGAUAGGCCUGUCCCUGUGCCAGAACCUUCACCAGCUCCACCCCCAAUGCCCCCGGCCCCCCCUGCGGCCCCAGAAGAUGGGAAAGGAGAGGGUGACCAUGACAAGGGAGAGAUAAAGGAGGGAGACAGGGGGAAAGGAGGAAAAGACGGGGAGGGGGGUGAUAGAGGGGGCAACGGAGAACCCCAGCCCAUGUCCCUGGGUCCCAAACCAUGUCCUGCCCCAGCCCCGCACCCACCCAGGGGUCCCAGCCCAACCCCAGGCCCCAGCGAGCCUUUGGGGCCACAAAACAACAAGCACAAAAUCCCAGACAGCAGCAGACGCAGGGUCUCACCACCCAUGCCAUUCCCCAGGACCAGCAUGCCUGCAGACUCCAUGAGCUAUGAGAAGGUAGAGAUGGUAGAGUCCAUAGAGAAGAUCUCCGAAGACAAGAACGUCCGUGGCUACGAGGAGACGGCCAUGAUUGUGGAGACCAUGAUCGAGAAGACCAGCAAGAAGAAAUAA